GUCGACAUGGACCUCACCCGCAGAUGGCUCUCAGAAAAUGUCGCCCCAUAUCCAGCAAAAGACACAGUUUACGCCCACAUCGAUGCUGCCCUCACUCGAUACCCUUCUCUACGACCCAAAGCAGACAUUUACACUUAUGACGACGGGAGAACCCAACUCUUACUCUGUCUCCAUGGCUUGCUGCCGAUAACCUACAGAGCUGCCAGCUACAACAUUCCAAUUGCUGUUUGGAUUCCUAGGACAUACCCUAGAGAGCCACCAUUGCCGUAUGUUGUCCCUACAGCGGACAUGCUAGUCAAAGCAGGGCCAAACCUCGAUGUCAGUGGUCGGUCAAGCAUUGAUUAUGUCCAACACUGGGCGCGGAAACACGAAGGAUGUGAUCUCGCAGCUCUCAUCGAUUCCCUCCAAACAGAGUUUUGCCGGUCACCGCCGGUCUAUGCCAAACCAACAACGACGACAACAACCCCAGUUCUUCCACCCAAACCAAUUACCUCACCGCCUAUUCUUUCCGGCCCGCCUCCCAUUCCACCAAGACCCGAUUCGGGACCACCACAGUACCGCCCUGCCCCGCCACAAUAUCAGCCUCAGUUUGUUCCGAGGCAGCUCCCACCUGUUUCGCCUCCCCCUCCGAUACCACAACAAUACCAAACACCUCCCCCUCCCCCGCCUCCGGCGCCAAACCUGCUUGAUGAAGAACCGGUAGUCCCCAUCCAGCCAAUCCAAAUGACUGCACCGCCUCCCCCACGCCCACCUAACCCGGAACUUGUCCGAUUACACUCGGCCAUCCAUUCAAAGCUGAUCGCUGAGCUUUCUUCUCUCCAGCAAGCCCUUUCCAUUGACGCAGAGCGCCUACGAGCCCAUCAGGCUGACCUGCUGGCGGGUGAGCCCGCGAUCCGUGACGAAAUGGGGCGGCUGGAGGCUGUGCGUGACGUGUGUCGGACUGCUGCUGGCCGGAUGAGAAACACGGUCGAAACAGCCGAACGUAACGUGAGUGAGCUCCGAGCAAAGAGCGAGCCCGAGGUCGACGAACUUGUUUGUUCUACUACGAUCGUCCAUAACCAACUGAUCAAUCUAGUCGCUGAGGACAACGCCAUUGAGGACACUAUUUUUCACCUAUCCAAGGCACUGAAUAGCGGUCGGAUCGACCUAGACCGGUUUCUCCGAUCAUGUCGUCUUCUUGCCGAGGAGCAAUUCAUGAAGAGGGCGCUGAUUGACAAGAUAGUCUCAGCGUUUCCGAUGAGCCCAGCAUAUUGA